AUGCACGGUCUCCUCAUCAGUCCUACCUCGUUCCCGCUGAUCGAAGGCCUGCUGCCGGUGCUGUCAACGGGUUCGCUUUCGAACAUGGGCGACAUACUGUACCCCAGCCCGGCCUACACCGAGGCCGAGUUUCGAUACGCCGAGGCACACGAUACAGAGUGGGAUGGAAAGAGAAACAAUCUCUACUGGGCCGGCUCUACCACCGGAGGGUUUGCGGCCGACGGCCAGUGGCGAGACUUUCACCGACAACGGUUCGUCACCCGUGUAAAGUCUUCGUUCCUCAACAUCAGAUUGUUCGAUGUUGCUUUCACCAGGAUAUUCCAGUGCGGGAGGAAAUAUUGCAAAGAGCAGACUGCGCACUACAAGAUCAAACCGUGGGUAGACAAGGACCGAGCCCUCGGGUCGCGACUGGUCUUCGACGUCGACGGAAACGGAAUCAGCGGACGCUUCUACAAGCUCCUGGCGUCGAGGUCGACGCCGCUCAAGCAGACGCUCUUGCGCGAGUGGCACGACGAGCGGCUCCGGGCUUGGGUUCAUUACAUACCCAUCAGCCAGAGCAUGGAGGAGCUUCCGGCGCUUGUCCUCUAUCUGACAUCGACCACAGCAGGGCAGAGAUGGGCGAGGGAGAUUGCCGAGCAGGGGCGGGAGUGGUACUCCAAGGCGUUGCGAGAUGUCGACAUGGCCAUUUACACGAGCCGGCUGUUGCUGGAGCUAGCGAGACUACAAGACCCGGAAAGACCGGCAGUCGCGGAAGGGGUCGAUGGGCUGGCCAGGGGAUCGCAGGGUAGACAGUCGUAUCGAGAUGGUAUUUAG